AUGUCGCAAAUCGUGUACCUGGACGAAGAGAAAACGAGGGGGAGGUAUACCUACCCGAAUGGGAACGUGUACGUCGGCGAUUUUAAGAACGAGAAGUUUCACGGAAAAGAUAUAGGUACCCUAGCCUUUAAAGACAAAGGAGAGUACAGAGGGACCUGGGAGAACGGCAAACUUGUUCGGGGCGAGUACUACUACAGUGACGGAUUGGAGUAUGAGGAGCGGUGGAAAUACCUCGUGGACUCUCCCUAUUUCUUUAACGAAGAAAUUAACAAGGACGAAAUUAUUUUAAAAGAAGAAAAAACGAAUGCCUUCUUGGGUGAUGUUUACGACAUAGGCGACGGGUACUGCAAAGUUAAGGAGAGUCUCGUGUACAGUUUUGCAGAUGACAAGAUGAUCGACUACUACCAUUGCUACACGAAAAAAAGGAGCGAAGUAGGGCAGCCGUGUGGGUUCACCAAAUCGAAGAGUCAAGUAGUAGGACGAAUUGAACCAAACAAAGAGUUGCAAAAAAAAUAUAUGCUGAAGGAAAACAUAUACUACAGUGAUGAAAAUGUAAAAAAACAGAGUGAGUGUUAUGUAAAUAUAGAAAGUGUUAAGUUACUAAAUAAAUUUUUUUAUCACAAUGAAGGAGGAUGGACCAAAGAUAUAGAUAUCAGUGAUCAACAAAAUAAAAUAAAAUAUGUGAAAAGAUUAGACAAGGAUAUAAAUACAAUUAACAGUGUAAAAACCCUAAUGAAUGAAACGACAAGAAUUAUUAACAAAAAUAAUAGCAUAGGUAUUUACAAAGAAUAUUUUCAAGAUGAGGAACAGACUGAGGAGGAGUUCAAAAUAAAAUCUAUGUUAGUCAUUAAGGAUAAGAAUAGAAAAUACUGCAGGUAUGUUACUUCCAUUAAGUGGUCAACUGAUAGUACACAUAAGCUAGCCAUCUCCUACUGUGUUAAUAAUUAUAAACAAAUUUUAAGUGACUCUCCAAAAAAUUGUUUACUUUAUAACUUAAAUGAGAUUAAUAAUCCGUAUCAAAUUUUAUUCUCCAAAACGUUUAUAAAAUGUUUGAGGUUUAAUCACAAGAAUUCGGAUUUGCUCUUGGCUGGUUCUUAUGACGGGACGGUCAACCUGUGGGAUCUACGUAAGAAAAAUACUCUAUGUGAGUCUUCUUCCAAUCAUGCUAGUCACAAAAAUAUCGUCCAAGACGUUAUAUGGUUACAAACGAAGACCAACAAUCACUGCCUAUCUGUAUCAAAUGAUGGGCUCUGUCUACUCUGGGACAUACGCAAUUUUACUGAGCAUAUUGAAUCCUUUUCUUUGCACAAGGACAGUGGUGAGGUUUGCCAGCUCGUGGAGACCUCCAAUUUGGACUCCUCAUCUCUUAAGAACUCUCAUGGGGGCGUGGACAUUAGUCAAUUCCUUACUCACACUGAGCGCCUCCCUGGGACGGCUGCCUCUGGGGGGGCCAAUCAGGCCUUCCCCCCAACCGGAAAAGGCAGCGGGGGGGGAGCAGCAGGGGCGGCAGUAGCAGGGGGAGCAGUAGCAGGGGGAGCAGUAGCAACCGCAGAAGUAGCAGCCGGGCUAACCGCAGCCGGGGCGGACUCGAUGGGCGUGGCCCCCCCCUCCGGCAACCUCUGCUACAGCGCCAACUGCCUGGAGUGGAACUUAGAGGCGGGGCCCUCCAAAAUACUCGUGGGCACAGACGAAGGAUACGUCCUAUCCCUAUCGAAAAGACAAGCCAAAAAUAUGGAGAUGAUCCAAAAGUAUGGAGCAUCAAACGAAAAGCAUUUAUCCGCCAUUACCAGCAUCAAAAGAAUCCCAAUCAAUUUGAAGUAUUUCCUCUCCACAGAUAAAUGGGGUUUUAACAUAUGGUCUGAAGAUAUUAAAUUUCCAAUAAUUUCCAAUUAUUACGAUGAGAGUGUCAUUAACAAAGGUCUAUGGAUUAGAGACUCUUCUUUCUUCAUCUUGACAAGGAAGGAUGGCUACCUGGAUUUAUGGAAUCUACUGUACAACUACAAUGAACCCAUUAUUCAGCACAAAAUUUGCAACUGCUCUGUCACAGAAAUAGAUGCACAUCUCAAUAAUAAAUAUAUUUCUGUCGGGAAUGAACAGGGAGAUACUCACAUAUUAAAGUUGGGGUGUACUUUCUGUAGGAACAGCAGUGAGGAGAAGAAUGCGCUGGAUGAGCUGUUCGAGAGGGAGUCGAAGAGGGAAAAGAAUUUGGAGUACAUUCGGAAGCAGCUCAACUGUUUUCGAAGGAAACGCGAGUGCCUCAACAUCCAGGAUGUGUGCAUAUCGGAUGACGUGGUGCAGGAGACGCAGCGCGAGUACGAGUCUGUGUUGUGA